UUUAAUUUAAUUACUGGCCAUUUAAAAUUCAGUGAACGAACUUUCUGUUGCUUUAAGUUGUUAUGUGCUCCGGUUAUAGAGUUGUGCAGAUGUUCAAGAGGUAACCUACAAGAAAUAGCUGAAGAAAACACGAAGAACGUUAUAGUGAAGAAACGGUAGCUUUCUGUUUUGGAAAGAUGUCUCCUGAAUUAAACGGCAAUCCUCCGUUGCUGAUCCAAAGGAAAAAGAACCGCGAUCGUAAGCAUUCCUCCACAUCAAAAAUCAAUGACAGCAAUAACCCAUCAUACAACUAUUUCCAUUCCAAUUUGAAUUCCAAGUACCACAACGUCGAAACCUACUAUCCAUUCCAUUCAUAUGGCAGACAACAGCCUGAACCCAUGUCCUUGCCGAUCUAUCCUCCACCUUACUACCACAUGCACCCCACAAUGCCAUACCAGAAUCCAGUCAUGAAGAUGCCGCAAGCUGAAAGCAAUGAAUACAUGUCACUUCCACCUGUAUUUGGAAACCCAGCAGAACCACAGGACCAGAGAAGGUUCUCAGAUCCAGGCUUACCUAAUGAAAGUGACUCCAGUGAAACAUCAUCUGAUAGUCUGCUCAUACAAAAGCUGACACAGCAGGUUUCCAUAAUGAAAGACAACAAUCGAAAAUUGAAUAGGGAAGUGACUGAACUUCGCAUGGAACUAAAUAUGCUUAAACAGCAGCAGCAACAUUCCAGACAUUUCGAGAGGGAUUAUGAACCUGGUCUAAUCACAGACAUCAUAAGGGAAAUUAGGGAUGCUGCUCGUAUCAGAGAGGAUGCCCUUUUAGCCAAAGUUAAACAUAUUGUUGAGGAAAAGCAAUUGAGCAUGGGUCAAUUUCAUUUGACGACGGAGAAAAGUCGCAACAGUGAGAGGUUAUCGAAGCUGGAGGAGCAAAUGAAAUCUCUCAACAUGAAUAAUAGCAGAUCCGAGGAUAGUUUGACGUUCGCGUCGCCUACCAUGCAUGAUGACACAGGAAGCUCAGCACGACAAGUAUUCGAGUUGGAGAAGGAGAACCUGCUAUUGAGGCGCGAACUCCAAGACGCCAGGACCAAGAAGGAGGUGUCGGACCAGAAGAUAUUACAAUUAUCUUCCAUUCAUUUGAGGCAGAAGGAUCUCGCGGAUAUGUCAGAUGACGGAAGCAAGACGACGACAGAAUCGCAGUCCUCGUCCUCCAUGAUGUCACAGCAUCAUACACCUUCGUAUCAGGUUGUUUCCGGUCCUGUCACCGAUCUGUAAGACCUUCGUAACAUCAUUUCUAUUUAAGCAACAAAUAAUUACAACAUUACAUUGGGUUAUGUUAGAAUGUAUAUUUUAUUGUUAUAGGGAGAUCAUUUUGUCAACAUUCCGCGUUAUAGUAUUUAUUCUAUAAUCAACAUCGCAUUGAUUAUUCUUAUAUUAUUUUUAUUUACUCGAAAUAUUAUUAAUAAUUUAAUUGGUAUAUUGUAAAUGACUGUGUUCUAAGAAAAAAAGAGCGUUAAUUUUCAAGUACUGACAAUAAGUGAAAGCCAACUUAGAUAUUUUUUCAAAAUUAAAAUUAUACAAUUGCAAUAAUUUGAUGAUAUAUUCACCAAUUUUUACUGCCAAAUGUUACUUGAUCUAAUUUCCUUCUUUCUCUUGAUCGAUUGCAUAUUUUGAAAUUGUAUUUUGUAAGGAUUGUUUUCAACGUGGGAAAUGAAUACGCUCUGUGAUAGGAGAAACGAUUGUUUAGGUUUCAUAUGGAUAUUACGUCGGAACGGGGAUUCCGUUCUAAUAUUGUAACGAGGAUUUAGCAAGUACGUUAUUUUCUGUAAUGUUUUUAAUUGAAUAUUUAAUUUGUACAGAGAUGUGUGGCCUUUGCGCGGACUUGCUUUGAAUGAAAACAUAAUUGCAAUCACACACAUGCACCACUCUUGAGAGUCAAUCAAGCCGCAUAUUCUCUAUUGUUAAUGCCCAUUAACAAUUUCGCGGCAACAACAAGUUUAUUUGUGUUAUCGGAAUUAUGCAUAACAAGUUUUCCGGCGAGCUGCAAUGACGACUUGCCGCGAUUGCGUAACUAUAAUUGAAUAAUAAAAAGAAAAAUCGAUCCACACGUAUUUUAUUAAGCAAUAAGUGUACUUAACCGAUUCUCUUUCUCUCUCUCCGUGCUACGGAUACGAUAUUGUAAAACAGGGAAGAAAUCUUAAAUGAAAAUAAAGAAAUA